AUGGAUGAUUCUUCAGAUGAUGAAAGUUUUUACAUUACACAAUCGUCGACUGGAGGGAGAAGCGCAACGACAGAUAUCGACGAUGAUUUGUUUGAUACGACAACCCUGUUCGACGAUGGACAAUUGCAAAAUGCAGUCACCGGUAAAAAUACCGAAAAGACAGUGGCCGUGACGAGCUUUGAUUUGUUUGAAGGUAGGUUACUGAAUUUUACAAAGUAUUUAGUUUUCCUGUUCAGUUCUAGCAUACUAAUCGAAGGUGAUCGUUUUCGUCUAGAUGGAGAGAUUGAUGGUGAAUUGUUUGAAGCGGCAAGUCUUUUCGACAGUGAAAAAGCACGACAUACAGAGACGAAUAAAGAAAUUCAAAAUGCAGGGGCCGCUAAGAGAUUUGAAUCACUUCAAGGUAGGUUGGUGGGUUUUACUGUAUUAUUCAUUUUACUGUUCUGUUCUAAGGUAACAAAAGUUCUUCAUAUUUUCGUGUAGGAAAAAGAUUUCGAAAACCAAUAACUUCUUCAAAGUGCGAAAGGUUCGGGCAAAGUUGGACAUCCGAGGCUAG